GGACACGUGACCAUCAGGAACCAUGAGCAACCCAUUUGCACACCUCGCUGAGCCUCUGGAUCCUGCACAACCAGGAAAGAAAUUCUUCAACUUGAAUAAAUUGGAUGAUUCAAGAUAUGGACGCUUACCAUUUUCUAUCAGAGUUCUCCUGGAGGCAGCCAUUCGGAACUGCGAUCAAUUUUUGGUGAAGAAAAAUGACAUUGAAAAUAUCCUAAAUUGGAAUGUCAUGCAGCAUAAGAACAUAGAAGUGCCAUUUAAGCCUGCCCGUGUCAUCCUGCAGGACUUCACGGGUGUGCCAGCCGUGGUAGACUUUGCUGCAAUGCGUGAUGCUGUGAAAAAGUUAGGAGGAGAUCCAGAGAAAAUAAACCCAGUCUGUCCUGCUGAUCUUGUAAUUGAUCAUUCCAUCCAAGUGGAUUUCAAUAGGAGGGUGGACAGUUUACAGAAGAACCAAGACCUGGAAUUUGAAAGAAAUCGAGAACGAUUCAAGUUUUUGAAGUGGGGUUCCCAGGCUUUUCGCAACAUGCGGAUUAUUCCCCCUGGCUCGGGAAUCAUCCACCAGGUGAACCUGGAGUAUUUGGCAAGAGUGGUGUUUGAUCAGGAUGGAUAUUAUUACCCAGACAGCCUCGUAGGCACCGACUCGCACACGACCAUGAUCGACGGCUUGGGCGUUCUCGGUUGGGGUGUGGGAGGCAUCGAGGCCGAGGCUGUCAUGCUGGGUCAGCCGAUCAGCAUGGUGCUGCCCCAGGUGAUUGGCUACAGGCUGCUGGGAAACCCCCAGCCUCUGGUCACGUCCACGGACAUCGUGCUCACCAUUACCAAGCACCUCCGCCAGGUUGGGGUAGUGGGCAAAUUUGUCGAGUUCUUCGGGCCAGGAGUAGCCCAGUUGUCCAUUGCUGACCGAGCUACAAUUGCCAACAUGUGUCCAGAGUAUGGAGCAACUGCUGCCUUUUUCCCAGUUGACGAAGUUAGUAUCAAGUACCUGGUGCAGACAGGCCGCAAUGAAGAAAAAGUUAAGUACAUUAAGAAGUAUCUGCAGGCUGUAGGAAUGUUUCGGGAUUUCAGCGACUCCUCCCAGGACCCCGAUUUUGCCCAGGUGGUGGAAUUAGAUUUAAAAACAGUAGUGCCUUGCUGCAGUGGACCCAAAAGGCCUCAGGACAAAGUCGCCGUGUCCGACAUGAAAAAGGACUUUGAGAGCUGCCUUGGAGCCAAGCAAGGAUUUAAAGGAUUCCAGGUUGCUCCAGACCACCAUGACGACCAUCAGACGUUUGUCUAUAAUAAUAGCGAGUUCACCCUUGCUCACGGUUCUGUGGUCAUCGCCGCCAUUACUAGCUGCACAAACACCAGUAAUCCGUCUGUGAUGUUAGGAGCAGGCUUGUUAGCAAAGAAGGCAGUGAACGCCGGCCUGACCGUGAAGCCUUACAUCAAAACAAGCCUGUCUCCCGGGAGUGGCGUGGUCACCUACUACCUGCGAGAGAGCGGAGUCAUGCCGUACCUGUCGCAGCUUGGGUUUGAUGUUGUGGGCUAUGGGUGCAUGACCUGCAUUGGCAACAGCGGGCCCUUGCCUGAACCUGUGGUAGAAGCCAUCACGAAGGGAGACCUUGUAGCUGUUGGAGUACUAUCUGGAAACAGGAAUUUUGAAGGCCGAGUCCACCCCAACACCCGGGCCAACUACUUAGCCUCUCCACCCUUAGUAAUAGCUUAUGCGAUUGCCGGGACCAUCAAGAUCGACUUUGAGAAAGAGCCGUUGGGGGUAAAUGCGAAGGGACAACAGGUAUUUCUGAAGGAUAUUUGGCCAACUAGAGAGGAGAUCCAGGCGGUGGAGCGUCAGUACGUCAUCCCCGGGAUGUUCAAGGAGGUCUACCAGAAAAUAGAGACUGUGAAUGAAAGCUGGAAUGCCUUAGCUGCCCCAUCAGAUACGCUGUAUUACUGGAAUCCCAAAUCUACAUACAUUAAGUCACCGCCUUUCUUUGAAAACCUGACCUUGGAGCUGCAGCCCCCUAAAUCUAUUGUGGAUGCCUAUGUGCUAUUAAAUUUGGGAGAUUCAGUAACAACUGACCACAUCUCUCCGGCUGGGAACAUUGCAAGGAACAGCCCUGCUGCUCGCUACUUAACCAGCAGAGGCCUGACUCCACGAGAAUUCAACUCCUAUGGUUCGCGACGCGGUAACGAUGCCAUCAUGGCCCGGGGGACAUUUGCCAACAUUCGCUUAUUAAACAAAUUUUUGAGCAAGCAGGCGCCGCAGACGAUACACCUGCCUUCUGGAGAAGUUCUUGAUGUGUUCGACGCCGCCGAGCGGUACCAGCAGGCGGGCCUUCCCCUGAUCAUUCUGGCCGGGAAAGAGUACGGCUCGGGCAGCUCCCGGGACUGGGCAGCGAAGGGCCCCUUCCUCCUGGGAAUCAAAGCUGUUCUUGCUGAGAGUUACGAGCGCAUUCACCGCAGUAACUUGGUCGGAAUGGGGGUGAUCCCCCUUGAAUACCUCCCCGGGGAGACUGCAGACACCCUGGGACUCACGGGGCGGGAACGCUACACCAUCAGCAUCCCAGAAAACCUCAAACCACAAAUGAAAGUCCAGGUCAAGCUGGACACCGGGAAGACCUUCCAGGCUGUCAUGAGGUUUGACACCGACGUGGAGCUCACUUAUUUCCGCAACGGGGGCAUCCUCAACUACAUGAUCCGCAAGAUGGCCAAGUAGGCCCUCGAUUCUUAGGGGACAUGUGUGGGGAGCUGCCCAGGGAGCACGUGGAGCGCCACCAGCCCGCCGAGCCCCUGGCGCAGAAGCGUGUCCCCUCUCCAGGCAGGGCGCUGCCUUGCAGACGAGCACAUGAGCGCUGGCUUUCCGGUGCCACUCCUCUAGGCACAAAGUCAGCCAGCCCUACAGUCUCUAUUUUUGUUAAUCUUUUUAUCUUUUUCUAGAAUUUGGACACUAGCGUGGUGGGAAUGUCCAUAGCGCCAGAAAGAACUGAGCUCCUCUUUAAAUUUACUGAUCACAGAUUGUUGAUUUUUUUUUUUUUUUACUCUUAGCCUGUUAAUGUUCAGCUGAACACAAGUCUUCUGGGAAGGAAUUUCCUGCCCUCUGUGUUUCUCUGUUCCCCUCAGCUCAGUGAAACCUCUGCUGUGCCUAUUACACCAGUGUUAACUGACAUGGGCAGAUCUGAACUUCUGCGCACUUCAAAUCACAAUGGGGAUGCGAUUCCCUGCCCCCCCCCCCUUUUCUGAGGAGUGAAUGAUCUGGAUACCUUGUGGACAGGUCACAUGUUGAAACUUUUGGAUUAAGUACUUUUUGAUAGAAAAUGUGAAGUUUUCUUUUACCAUCUUUUAAAAAUUUUCCCCAGAAAAUUUUUUCACUUGUCAAGAGGAUAACUGUGUUUGGAGGUGAUUUUGCAGGUAGACACAGAAUAUUUCUAAUUUGAAUAAAAUUAAAUCUAUUUUCAAGGAAAA